AUGGAUGGAGUGUAUUUGGAUGAGAACAGGGAGAUGGCAGCUGACUUGGACAUAGUGAACUGGGUGGCGUUUCCCAAUAACUCUGUCCUUAGAGUGAAGUUUGGGAGUUUAUUCAGAGGGGGAUCCCCAGACCUACAGUUCUCCAUCGACCAGGAUGCCAUUGUGUGGCCCAAAUGGCUCAACGAGACCCUGCCUCCUUCCAGGUGUGUGGAAAGCUGCCAGCCUGGAUUCAUCAAGGUGGUUCAGGAAGGAAAGCCACUUUGCUGCUAUGACUGUGUUCCCUGCGCAGAAGGGACCAUCUCCACUCAGGAAGAUGCAGAAAGUUGUACCAGGUGUCCAGAUGAUCAACAUCCAAACAAGGCCCGAGAUCAAUGUGUCCCCAAGAUUAUCACCUUCUUGCCUUAUGAAGAACAUUUAGGGAUCCUCUUGGCUUCCUUUGCCCUGUUCUUGUCCUUAACCACAUGCAUUGUUUUAGGAAUCUUCAUUAAAUUCCUAGAAACUCCAAUUGUCAAAGCCAACAACAGGGACCUCUCCUAUAUCCUCCUCAUCUCCCUCCUGCUCUCCUUUUUGUCCUCCUUCCUCUUCAUUGGCCAGCCAAGAAAAGUGACCUGCCUUCUCCAACAAAUGGCCUUCAGUGUCAUCUUCUCGAUUGCAGUUUCUUCUGUGUUGGCAAAAACCAUCACUGUGGUGCUGGCCUUCCUGGCCACAAAACCAGGAAACAGGGGGAGGAGAUGGCUGGGGAGGAGUCUGGCCAAUUCCAUUGUCAUUUCUUGUUCUAGUGCCCAAGUUGUCAUCUGCACUGUCUGGCUAGGACACUCUCCCCCAUUCCCAGAGUCCGACAUGCAUUCCCAGCCUGGAGAGAUCAUCUUGCAGUGCAAUGAAGGGUCUGUUGCCAUGUUUUAUGUUGCUCUUGGCUACAUGGGCUUCCUGGCUGCCAUCUGCUUCACAGUGGCUUUCCUGGCCAGGAAGCUGCCUGGGGCCUUCAAUGAAGCCAAGCUGAUCACCUUCAGCAUGCUGGUCUUCUGCAGUGUUUGGGUGUCCUUUGUGCCCACCUACCUGAGCACGAAGGGGAAAUACAUGGUAGCCGUGCAGGUCUUCUCCAUCUUGGCCUCCAGUGCUGGCCUUCUGGGCUGCAUCUUCAUGCCCAAGUGCUACAUUAUUGUCCUGAGGCCUGAUCUGAAUACAAAGGAGCACCUGACAACAAAAACUAAAGUAGAAACCUGA